AUGGAUGCGCAGAAAAAUGUUCAGCAUGAUCUGAGGAAGAAGGAUCAGAAGGUGUUGUUCUACAUUCAUCAAUGUGUGGAUGUGAACGUGUUUGAGAAAAUUGUUGAUUUGAUGACAGCGAAGGCUGCGUGGGACACACUGUCAGAAGAUGACUCUGAAUCUAAAGUCGAGUAUGAUUUUGAAUAUGAGUUAGAAUCAAAAGAUGAGUCAGAAUCUAAAGAUUCUGAAGAAGAGUCGGAAUCUGAGAGUUCUAAACAUGAGUCAGAGUCAGAAGAUGACUAUGAAGCUGAAGAUGAGUCACAUCUUGAAGGUGACUCUAAAGAUGAAGAAGACUCUAGAGGCGGGUCUGAUUCUGAAGGUGAAUCUGAUUCUGAUCCUGAUUCUGAUGAUGAUACAGAACCUGGAGGUAAUCCAAUCUUUAGAGAUAGAGCUUCUGAAGGAAGAGCUUAUGAAGGUGGAGCCUCUGAAGGUGGUCCAACUUCUGAGGAUGGUCAAGCAUUUGAUAUUUUUCCAAAAUCAGAAGGAGAUUCUGAACAAGGUCAUAGGCCACAAAGAAUCAGACAAAUACCAAUAAGAUUUACAGAGUUUGACAUGUUGCAAGAUAUUGAAGUAGACUUUGAGGGAGAAGUCGUUCAGUGUGCCAUGUUAGUAGACUCUGAACUAGUGAGUGUUGAAGAAGCUCUGAAGAAGAAAGUGUGGUUGAAGCCCAUGAAAGAAGAACUUGAGUUUCUAAAGAGAUUUGAGUUGCUGAAUUGUAAGGCUGUUGUCACACCGUCAGAAACAAAUCACAAAUUGGAUUCUGACCAUGAAGGUGAUGAUAUAAAUGCUACAACUUUCAAGCAAUUAUUUAGAUCCUGA